CAACUGAUUCGCCGCCAAGCACAUUGCGAAAGCCCUGGCAGAGCCUACUUGUGUGUCGCUUCCAAAUAUGCCGAACAUUAAGAUUUUUGGCGGAAAUUCUCAUCAACAACUGGCUAAGUUGAUUGCAGAACGACUGGGAAACGACCUGGGUAAAUGUGUGUUGAAAAAGUUCUCAAACAAGGAGACCAGUGUUGAAAUUGGUGAGUCAGUCCGAGGGGAAGAUGUCUUCAUCGUUCAAAGUGGUUGUGGCGACAUCAAUGAUAAUUUAAUGGAGCUGUUGAUUAUGAUCAAUGCGUGUAAGAUUGCAUCAGCACAGCGUGUCACAGCUGUUAUUCCAUGCUUUCCGUAUGCAAGACAGGACAAGAAAGAUAAGAGCCGUGCACCAAUUUCUGCUAAACUGGUGGCCAACAUGUUGUCAGUAGCUGGUGCAGAUCACAUUAUUACCAUGGAUCUUCAUGCGUCACAAAUACAGGGUUUCUUCGAUAUACCAGUGGACAAUUUGUAUGCUGAGCCUGCUGUGCUGAAAUGGAUCAGAGAGCACAUUUCUGACUGGGAACGUUCAGUGAUUGUGUCGCCCGAUGCAGGAGGAGCUAAAAGGUUUGAACUACAAGUUAUGCUAUGUGGAGACAAAAGACACACUUAUUCUAGAUUAAAAUAUUAAAGGUUUAGCUGUGUGAACUUUGAAUUUUAGAAAUGCGAGAUUAAGUUCUGGCUGGGGUCCACUGUGUAGCAUAACACACUACUUACUAUCAUCUCGAUAUCAGAAAAUUUUGUAUCCAAGAGCAGUCGCAGACAGAUGACAAGAAUAAAGAAAAUCAUCAAUUAGCGAUUAUUGCCUGGAAGUACCAUCAAACUCUCAGAAUUCACAUUGAAAGAAGUGUG